ACCCUUAACCCCCGGCACAGAACACACCCCACGAAUCCGUCCGCUGAACAAGCAAACUCUAUCAACGCCAACACUUACUGACAAUUGAAAUUUUUCACCAAUCUCCCUGGGGAGAUAAAAUCUGGCGGGAGCAUUGCCCGGAAUUCCAUUUGGCGAGGGCAGGGGGAGAAAAAAAUUAUUGUGGGUGGCACGGUCAAUACGGUAGAUAAGGGCUGAGCGGAUUGCCGCCUCACUCACUACUCACGACCGGACUCCCCGGUGCUUGGAAGUUCAACUCGACAUUCUAGCUCGGCCAUGAAUCGUGCUCGCAAGCGUGAGUUGAAAAUGCUUGGAUGGAAACACUCGGGGGGGACACCCUAGCUAACUGCUGGCAUCAUGUAGGUGAGCUACGAGAGCUCAACAAGCUCGCUUGGGAUGAGCAGAAAGGUACCUCUGUGCAAUUUUUUUCUCUCCCUUCUCUAAAUCUCACCAAUUGCACAUUCAGACGUUUUCAAGACUGCAGCAUCACUCGAUUCGACUUUGAAAAAGAACACAGCGGUUAUCAAACGGCUGCGCAUGUCCCUCGAUUCGCACCAAGUCCUCCUCAGGGAGAUCCAAACAGUUGCAUUAGAAAAGUACCUCCCGGAGAUUAUAGCAGCCGUCUACGAGGGGCUUCUGAAGACUAAGACUGCUUCAGAAAUCGCCGCGGCGGUUGAGGUGGUGUCCGCCCUGCACCAGAGAUUUCAGAGGGAUUUCACCCCACAGUUUACCUUCGCGCUUGCCAGGGGACUUGCCACACCGAGGCCGGAUGCGUUGAAGGGGCUGAGCCCCGAGCAGAAGGAGCGGGAGGAAAAGGAGAGGUUCGCUAGGCAGAGGGUUUUGUUGAGGGUUGGGGUGGAAUUGUACCUGGUUGGCGUUGUGCGGAGUGUGCAGGAUGCCGUGAGUGUGGAUGAUGCCAUAGCUGCUAAGGGUGCCAGCGGUAGCGUCAAACCUCCCAGCGCCGUUAGCGGAAAAGAUGCAGCGAAGAGGAGAGACGGAGACAUGGAGCUGGACCCUUUUCCACUGGAGGUUUUGAAGGAUUUACUGAAUAAGGACAAGGAUCACCUCAAUCUCCCGCUAGUCGUGCUUUUUGUUAAAAAUUUCCCUUACGAUAUACUAGGAGUCAGACCGAGGAACUUGACGAGGAAGAAUGUGGAGGAGGAUGGUGCUACAUCUGCAGAGAAGCCAGCCAACGGCGAGGCUAUGAACACCGAUGCCGAUGGGGCGCCUUCACUUGAUUCUACGGAUCCUCCAUUGCUCUCUUCGGAGCUCCAACAACGGUUCAAAAAUGUUCUUGCCCGCUACCUAGAUGCCGUCAAGUCCCAUAUCGUCCAGCAGCACAAACACCUCCAAACCCAAUCGGCACGCAACGCGGAGGCUUAUGUAAAAUCUGGGGAGAUAUUCGAAGAUCGUCAAGCAAACUAUGAGAAGUUGGUCAAGACGCAAGAGAAAUUUAUUGCCAACGCUCAGGUUGUUGCCGAUGUCCUAGGAGUGGAGAUGCCAGAUCUGCCAGAUGAAAAGGACGGGGCUGAGGCAAAUGGGAAUAGUAUUAUCCGGGAGGGCGGCAGCAUGUUUACUUCCCGGGAAGACGGCAGCAGGUUCGGCAUCUGGGAAGAUGAGGAUCAAAGGAGAUUUUACGAAGAUCUGAUUGACUUGAAGGCCAGAGGUGUUCCAGCAAUUCUCUUGGAAGAUGGAAAGAAGAAGAAGGCUGAGGGUGAGGUAAAAGUGGAAGGAGAAGCCAAGGCUGACGGGGAGAAGAAAUCUGGCGGGGAGGACAGUAUCGCUGACGACGAUUCUGCCGGUGAGCUAAAGGACACCGACGCGCCGUCACCCACAGAUGAGAGCAAUACCGGGAAUGAUGAGUCCACCAGUACUACUAUCGCGAAUAAGACGAUUGGUGCUCAGGUGGAUGCCCUACUGGUACGCCUCCCUGAGCUCACUAACCGGGAUCUCAUCGAUCAAGCCGCCUUUGAAUUCUGCUUCCUGAAUUCCAAAGCCUCUCGGAAUCGUCUUCUUAAAGUUCUGCAAGAUGUUCCCCGUGGUCGCCAAGACCUCCUUCCUUAUUAUGCGAGAUUGAUCGCUACCUUAAGCAAGUAUCUUCCCGAUAUAGGGAAGGGAAUGGUUGAAUAUCUUGAUAAGGAAUUUCGAUCCCUGCAGCGUCGUAAGGACAAGGAACUAUCCGAAGUUCGUUCCAGAAACGUCCGGUAUCUCUCCGAGUUGACCAAGUUCGGAGCCGUCCCUCAGCACAUCAUCUUCCAUUGUUUAAUGGUAGCCCUGCAGGACUUUCACAAAAUCAAUAUUGACGUCAUUUGUAAUGCCCUCGAGAAUUGUGGGAAAUACUUGCUCCGAAACCCGGAGACUAGCGGUCGGAUGACUACCUUUUUAGAGACCCUGAAGAAGAAGAAGGACGGAGUUCAAUACCUUGGGCCUCAGGAACGUGUCGCGAUAGAGAAUGCGUUCUACUACGUUAAUCCCCCCGAGCGGCCAGCCAUCGCACAGAAGGAGCGUAGCGUGAUGGAGCUGUUUGUCAGAAAGCUUAUAUAUCUUGACUUAACAAAGCGGAAUUAUGUCAAGAUCCUGAAACAGCUAAGGAAGCUUCACUGGGAUGACGAAGAAGUUGUCUCGCUCCUAUUCAAGGUUUUCACCAAGAUCUGGAGGGUAAGAUACAAUAAUGUCCAUAUCCUUGCCAUUUUGGUUGGGGCGCUCGGGCGAUACCACCAGGAUUUUGCAUACUCUGUCAUCGAUGAGGUGCUUGAGCAGAUCUCACUUGGCUUGGAGCAGAACAACUUCAAACACAACCAGCGGAGGAUCGCGCAGGUCAAAUACCUUGGAGAAUUGUAUAACUACAAGCUCAUUGACUCACCGGUGAUCUUUGAUGCACUCUACAGGAUCGUCACGUUUGGUCACGAGGGCGGUACUCCCAGGCCGGGUAAUAUUUGUCCGCUGGAUAUGCCGGAUGACUUUUUCAGGAUUCGACUGGUUUGUACGUUGCUUGACGUCUGCGGAAUGUGCUUCGAUAAGGGAAGUGCGAAAAAGAAGCUAGACUUCUUUCUCACGUUCUUCCAGGUAGUAAUCAUUCUCGCGGCGCUUGAAACGGGCUAGCUGACAUAUUGCUGAUAGUACUAUAUAUUUACGAAAGAUCCUUUGUCAAUGGACAUUGAGUUUAUUAUUCAGGAUACCUUUGCCCAGGUCCGACCUUCCUGGAGUCUAUGCACCAACUUUGAAGAGGCCGGGAAAGCCUUCGAGGAGGCAGUGCAGAACAAUUAUAAGCCAGAUGGAGAGGAGAACAAAAGUAUUGGUGACCAGGAUGAGGCCGAUGAGGCCGAGUCAGUAUCUGAUGGCGAGCAGCGCGGUCAGUAUCAGGACGAGGAGCAUUCUGACGAAGGAGAGGAAGAUGAACCUCCCGCUCCCGCUAUUGCUCCUGAACAGCCUGAGGAGUCCGAAGAGGAUUCCUCGAGCGAAGAUGAGGAAGAGAUCGUUGUCAAGCUGGAAGAGGGGGAGAGAGAUCCGGAGGCAGAAGCAGAGUUUGAUCGUGAACUUGCCAAACUGAUGCAGGAGAGUGUUGAUGCAAGAAAGUUUGAGCGGAAACCCUUAUUUGAUGUCCCCUUGCCAAUCAGGCGUGGUGGUAGCGCAUUAAGUAGAGAAGCUACUUUCGAAAGCGAUGCUGGUGACAACCCAGCCAGUAGCCCGCCGCCUUCGGGUGGUGGGAUGAUGGCAUUUAGCUUAUUAACCAAGAGAGGUAACAGGCAACAGACCAAGGUCGUUGAGCUACCAAGCAACAGUAGCCUUGCAAUGGCAAUGAGAAACACCCAAGAGGCAGAGCGAGCCGAGAAGAUGAAGAUCAAGGAAUUAGUCAUGAGUUACGAUCGCAUGGAAGAGACUUCUGAGAUUGAAUGUGAGCUACUAUAUUAUCCCAUGCCAACCUAUAACGAAAUCCUACUAACCCGGCGUGUAGCCUUGGAACGCCACGCAGUAGCAAACGGCGCGCACCUCAAGUAUGAGAAGGGUUCUGGUAGGAACGCCCAACGCGGCCGCAAACUAUCUCUCAGCGAUGUAAACUGGUAUGAGCCC